AUGCUGCAGCCAGAGCCCUCAGCAGGCUUGGGGGGCCGAUGGCCUGGUCUCUUUCUUGUGCUCCUGGCUCUCCUUGGCAUGGCCUGGGCAGAGAGGCCAGCGCCCCAGCUGCAGGAGGAGGCGGCUCCGAUGCCCAGAGCCCUGAGCAGGAAGGAGAGUUUCCUGCUCCUCUCCCUCCACAACCGCCUGCGCAGCCAGGUCCACCCCGCUGCGGCCAACAUGCAGAGAAUGGACUGGAGUGAGACCCUGGCCGGGUGGGCUCAGGCCAGGGCGGCCCUGUGUGGCGCCCCGCUCCCGAGCCCCGCAGCUGCCCAGGAAGUGGGCUGGAACGUGCAGCUGCUGCCCCGGGGUUCCGCGGCCCUCACCCGCGUGGUGGGCCUGUGGUUCUCGGAGGGGCAGUGGUUCGACCACGCGGCGGCCGAGUGUGCCCUCAAUGCCACCUGUGCCCACUACACCCAGCUCGUGUGGGCCACUUCAAGCCAGCUGGGCUGUGGGCGCCACCCCUGCUCUGGGGUCCAGGCAGAAAUGGAAGCCUUUGUCUGUGCCUACUCUCCCGGAGGCAACUGGGAGGUGAAUGGGAAGACGAUCGCCCCCUAUAAGAAAGGUGCCUGGUGUUCCCUCUGCACGGCCAGUGUCUCAGGCUGCUUCAAAGCCUGGGACCAUGCAGGGGGGCUCUGCGAGGUCCCCAGGAACCCAUGUCGCAUGAGCUGCCGGAACCAUGGGCACCUCAACAUCAGCACCUGCCACUGCCACUGUCCCCCCGGCUACACGGGCAGGUACUGCCAAGUGCGCUGCAGCACCCAGUGCGUGCACGGCAGGUUCCGGGAGGAGGAGUGCUCCUGCGUCUGCAACAUCGGCUACGAGGGUGCCGAGUGUGCCACCAAGGUGCACUUUCCCUUCCACACCUGUGACCUGAGGAUCGACGGAGAAUGCUUCGCCGUGUCUUCAGAAGCAGACACCUACUACGGAGCCAAGACGAAGUGCCAGGGAAAGGGCGGGGUGCUAGCCCAGAUCAGGAGCCAGAAAGUACAGGACAUCAUUGCCUUCUACCUGGGCCGUCUGGAGACCACCAACGAGGUGACCAACAGCGACUUUGAGACAAGAAACUUCUGGAUCGGCCUCACCUACAAGACCACUAAGGAUGUCUUCCGCUGGACCACCGGGGAGCAACAGUCCUUCACCAGUUUUGCCUUUGGGCAACCUGACAACCAGGGCUUGGUUGUGCUCCCAGCACAGGUGGGGUUUGGCAACUGCGUGGAACUGCAGGCAGCCGCUGCCUUCAACUGGAAUGACCAACGCUGUAAGACCCGAAACCGCUACAUCUGCCAGUUUGCUCAAGAGCAUAUUUCCCAGUGGGACCUGAGGAUCUGAGGCUUGGCCAGGCCUCUCCCUGCCAACACUUGGUUGCACCAGCCCAGUCAGUCCAUCUGCCCACCUGUCUGGAACAUGAGCCAGGGCCACAGGUCCAACAUCCAAAGAGGUUCCUGGCAAGAUACGUGCAAGGUGUACAAACGUGGCCAACAGAGAGCUUGGCAUGGAGGAGGGAGCCUGGGUCCCUGCUUUCUAUUAGAAAGACGGAAUCCAUCAGGAGCCAGGGCCAGCAGUCAGAGGAGAUCACUCUCCUCCACCUGGGUCAGACCUGUGGAGCAGAUGGAGCUUCCUCACGGUCCAGAAUGCA